GCCUCCCCGAAGUGCCAGCUCGUUCUCCGGCCGCUGUCCCCGGAUUCCAGCCACCGCUUCUUCUCGCUAUGGAUCCCAACUGCUCCUGCGCGGCCGGUGGCUCCUGCACGUGCGCCGGCUCCUGCAAAUGCCAAGAGUGCAGAUGCACCUCCUGCAAGAAGAGCUGCUGCUCCUGCUGUCCCGCGGGCUGUGCCAAAUGUGCCCAGGGCUGCAUCUGCAAAGGCGCAUCGGCCAAGUGUAGUUGCUGUGCCUGAUGUGGGGGAUCCUGCGCCCGAUGUAAAUACAGCCACGUGUACACACCUGCAGU